CCAAAUUGGACGCUACCUGGGAGGGAGAAAUUAUAAAUGCCUCUCUCCCCAGGAAAAGCUCACAUCCCAUUUAGAUACUAGAGAAUCCAACCCUGAGGAAACAAGGCCUCAUUAGUGUCAUUGCCCAAGGAACUACUUAAUUAAAGGACAACAGAGUUGAGAGCAUUGUUAUGUAGGCCUUUGUUCCUUACACCUGGUCAUUUCCAUUGAUGUAAAAUGUCAUCUUUCUGAUCUGGUAGCAUUUUGCACCUGCUUUAGACAAGUAUUCCUGACCAGCCGAGGAGGUGCAGAGCAGGGAAGAAUCAGACCUUCAUUACUGAGAUAAUUAUAGCCUUACCUAACCAUCAGGCGGAGGGUGUACACCUCUAUUAGCCAGUGCUCCCACAAAGAGAACAAAGGCUGGUUGGAAAGUGGGAGCCACCCAGGGAGCAUCCCUGUGUCCAGCUACACCACCCUCAGGCGGCAGACAUGCCGGGGAGGUCAUGACCACAAGCUCCCACAUCACCCAGUCUCCUGCUUGUUUUCCUGGUUUUAAAUCCAACUUGACUUAGCGAUACUGGUGAAGGCCAUGAGAUGGGGAGACUAAAACGAGGAACAGUACCAUAACCAAGGAAAUCAGCUCUCAGUCAAAAUGCUAAAGGAGGUAGGGGGUAGCUUUCAAAGCUUGUCUCAGCAACUAGCCUAAUUCUGUUUUCAAAAGCCACUGUUGAGUGCUUUUGAAAAUUUUAUCCUAGAUGCUUGGCUCAAAGACCUUAACCAAAGUUUUUUUUUUUUUCUCUAUCUGCUAUACGAAAGCUAAAUAUAAACCGACGUUAUUGAACAAAAUCCUAACAAAACCCCUGUUGCAGGUCUAGAAAAAUCUUUACUCAGAAAAUCAAAUUAUUGGAGACCAGCAUCUAAAGUGUCCUUCAGUUUUGGAUGCCUCUUGUUUUGCGUACACAAUUUGGCAUACAAAAAAAAAAAAUAUUUCUAACAGCAAAUAUUUGCUUUCCAUUCUUUUUACCUUCUCCUAUUUGCCUUUUGUUCUCCUACCUUCAGAAAAUCAGGACCUGAGUGUCUCCAGAUGGGUAGCUAAAGUUGCUUUUAAAAAUGUGAAUUAGUCUAUUUUACCCAUAAAAGUAUGUGCAUAUGUGUGUCUGCUGUUUGUCUGAUGAGCGUUUUAAUGACUUUUCCGCUGGUUGCCUGUGGGACCACAGGCAUGUCAUAAAGCUAGCCUGUGCCUCAGUUUACCCACUGCAACUUCAUUAAUGCUAACCUGCCUCACGAGGUGUUGUAAUGUUUAAUAUAUUAUGUGCUCUGUAAUCCUUGGAUUAAAUGUAUUAUGUAAGUGAAAAGCACCCAUUUGAUGUGUAUGUAAAUGCUGCAGUAUUAUAGGUAGGACGGUCAUUUGGGUGUAAGUGUAAUACAAGCGCUGGCAAAAGGCAAAAGGGAUUCCAUUGUAUUGACUUAUUUUUAAAGAGCUUUUUAUUUACUGAAAUGCUCUGGACACCCAGAAAGAGAGACAUUCCUCACUAAGCAGCUCUGCUGUUUCAUCUGUCUUGAAGUGCUUUGAUAAAUGGAUUGAAACUUGUCGGCUUUUCCUGUAGUUUCUGAGACUCCCUCUGGAAACUCUGUUGAAAUGUUAUUAUUGUAACUUCUUAGAGCACUACUUAAUGAAUUGUAACAGAUAUCCCUGCAAGUCCCGCAGACGCUGUGAGGACUGUGGUUCCUCUCCUUCCCACAGCAGAUGCAAACCGAUGCCACGCAAGCGCAUGGCAGCAGAGCUCACAUCUUCUUCCAUCAAGAGCAGUUGGUCUCUUGCCAGCAAAAACACUUCUCACCUUCAUUAGACUUCAGCCCAGGCCUUGUGUUCCACCUGGGUGACUGCUGGGGCUUCAGUGACAUCAAGCAUAGCCAGAUGUUGUCCCUUGGGUUACAGAUAAAUUUUAUCUAUUAAGAAGAAACCUUAGGAAGGAUGACAAAUUAGCACGGGUUUAAGUCCACGUUGGUUGAUUUCCUCUGUCUUUAAGAUGAGCUAUUUUGGCUUGCAUGCAGUGCCUGAGCUAUCCUGAAGCUCAGGCUGGUGACUUGGGUGCCUAGGGACAGUCUGAACUUCACGCUGCCUCCAAGGUCCCACCUGCCCUCGGAGCAGCCUUUUCUCAGGCAACAGUUACAUGAUGUUACCACAUGGGCAAAGGAGAUGGAUGGAGCAGUAAGUGUAGCACCUCUUCUGAAGAACAGGAAUGACCCAUCAAGGCCAUUAGAUGUGCCUGAGGAAGUCUUCUGAGAGCGUGGUCCGAGGUGCCUGACAGGGACACACACGUUGUGUGGAGCUGCACUGGAGCUGGGGGGUGGAAAGAAGUCAACCGUCCUGGGGUCACCUUGGACCUCAAUAAUGUCCUUCCCUGUUGCAUCCCACAGUGAAGCAGUGGGGUGCCAUAGUCACUUCUUCUUUCCUCCCUCCAACCUACUCAAAGGAAUCUCGCUCCUCCUCUCCUCUGGAGCAGGGGGUAUGUGACCAGUGAUACACUCGGUUGGGUAGCCUGGUUGUGCUGGGUAGGCUGGACGAUCCUAGUCCUGUUGCAAUGGUCACUUGAGAGUUUAAAAGUUGCUUGUUUUUUUUUUUAAUUUUCUCACUGGAUUUCAGUUGUCCAGUUUUUGGAAGAAUAUAAACCUGCACUAUUGCUACUCAUCUUGUCACGAAGCGUGAAAUGGCUGAACACACAACCCCAGCAGCAUUAAUAGCUGUGCCCCGUGCCCUGCAUGGUAGUGCUGGCCAUCUCCAGCAUAAAAAAUAAGAGCAUGCCUUCCCCUUGUCUCCAAAUAUGAACUUGGGCCAUCCUGAGUGACAUACUUAGGAAGACAGGAGGGGACUUUUGGAGGAGCUCCUGGUCAGUGCGCUGUUGGAACAGAAUUACAAAGUGGCUGGGGAUGGGUCUCCUCUCCAUAGUGAGGCCUCGGAGGUGCCUCCAUUGCCCUCGGCUCAUUGAGGCCAUGUUUGAUUUUUCUCAGCCUUUUAUUUCACUUUUUAUUAACAUUUUGCAUAUUAAAAUUUGUGUAGGCAGCCAGAAGAGAGCAGCAUCUACACAAUACUCGACACAAUGGAGAGGAUUAGGAAUCAGUGGCUCAGUUCUUUGGGACCUGAACUGGAGGGGUGUGGGGGUGGUAAACUGUCCUUUCUUUGCACUUCAUUUUAGAAGUAUUUCUAAUUUCUUUCUGUGUAUCCUCACUAAAAUGUGAUCUAUGACCAAUACUGAUUUAUGGUCUCAGCUCAUAGUUUCACAGAAUUAAAUAAAGCCAGGGUUACCUUGGUCUUUUUGCUGAGCUGUUCACACUUGUUUUUAAAGUUUCUUUCAUCUUCUCAACCAGCCCAAACCUAUUAGGGUACAUACCUAGGUACAGUGAUGCCAAAAUAGGAAAUUAUUUUCAAAAUAACAACUAGUGAUUUAGGAUUUUUUUGGUAUUUCAGCUGCCCUUGCAUGAAAUUCCUCCAAUAUUUUCAUUCACAGUAAGAAUGCCCUAGAAAACAAACCUACUAAAGUUGACUCUAUUCCUCCCAAAGUGAAAUUAUCCGUGUCCUCUUGUCCCUUAUGAGAUUCUGGAGGAAAUUUUCUGUGCACACACAUUGACACAUCUUUGGUGCAUUCCACACAAGCCAGUGAAAUUACACCAGAAAUAUGAAUUUAGCCCACACAAUGUGUGUGCACUGUGCUGUCUGUACAGGGUACAUACACAUACACACACACACACACGCACACACGCCCCAGCAAUCACUUCCAUUUAAAUUUCAGAAUAAGCCAUUCAAGACACUGCUGUCUGAUUCACUUCAUGACUGUGUGCUGUAUACAUUCCUCAAAAACUAAUGGGUAUCCUGUGAAUUUUACAGCUUUGCAAAAAUACUUGACGUGGGUUUAGUUGUUUUUAAUAUUGAGGUUUUUGAAAUCUCAGUAAUUGUCAUGAUUACUGUGUGUAAUAGAAAUUAGAAGGAAGCCUGGGUUUUGGCUUUGAAGCUACCUACUUCUAAGAGUACAUUUUUAAGUUUUCUUUUUAAGGUGCUGCUUCAUGCCCCAGCUAAACUUUCCCCAGAUUACGUGUUACCUAUGAUAGCUGUUCUAUAGUUAGAUUUUAAUCAGCCUCAGUACACAGUAAUGUUAAACACUGAAAGAGCUACUAAUUAAUCGCCUUUCUGUAUGUAACAGAGAGAUAAAUAUCCAUCCCGGAGGAAUUGUAAUUUCAUGGUUUCUAAUGAUGGUUAGAUUACAUUAUCUGGAUCACUUAGGCUGUGGGUGUCAUAAAAAAUGCUCAAAGUCAUUUAUAUUCAGUUUAAUUUUUUUUUUUUAACUUUGUAAGCCUGAGAAAAUAAUGCAGUGUUAGCAAGUCUGUUUCAUAUUUUAGUUAAAUAUACCUUUGUUGCACUGACUGAAUGGAUUCAGAUGACAGUGACAAACUCCGUUCUUUUCUAUUUAACAUGCACCCUCUGCAAUCAAAUUAACAAUGUACAAAUCUUCACUGGGCUUCUGCAGAAGAUUCUGUUGAGUUCCUUGGCAUUGUUAAGCUUUGGGGAAAGAUUUUCUUUUUGGAUGUCCAUUUGCAAUGAGUGUGUUCUUCUAAUUCUUGUAUGUUCUGUCAAGUCUCAGUUAUCUGUCUUUUGAACCAAGAAUUAACUGGACUUUUGGACUGUAUCAGACUGUGGCUAAAAUAAAAUAAUAAAAUCCGA